GUUAUAUAAUUCAUUCACCAGUAUUAAACGUCCACGUUGUGUCAAAUGCCAACCCAAAUUACGCACCAUUGUGCCAAAUUGCGCAUCACUAAUAAUCAUCACAAAAAUAGUUAUUUUUCUGAGUUAUCAUCAUCCCUGUUGCAGUAAGUUAGUUGGACUCUAAGGGCCGCUGUUGGCCAGUGUUGGUAAAUUCUGACAUGCUACGUUAUAGUUCCACCCUCAUACGACGAGAUCAUUUUGUCGAUGGAUGCUCAUUGGAGAAGCCUCGACGUUAGUAAGGUCUAGAUUUGAUGUUUCAGUCACAUAAUCGUGGGAUACCGUGUCAAUAUUAUAGUUUUUCGUUAGUGGAGUGUCUGAGAAAACGUCUUUUCUUCAACCUGGUACCUGGUAUCGUGGAUAUACACACAAUGUGGAUAUGUCGCCUCAGUGUUUGGAAAUGGCAGACGCGGCUUCUCCUGAUCUUUCUUUGUGUCGCAGAGGUGGCAUACGGGCAGGUCCGCUACUCCAUUCCCGAGGAGAUGACAAAGGGCUCACUAGUGGGAAACAUCGCACAGGAUAUUGGAUUGGAUAUAAAACGACUGAAAUCUGGUAAAGCUCGGAUAUUUACCGAGGAUAGCCGUGAGUACAUCGGUCUGAAUGCAGAUAAAGGCACGCUGGUUGUGAAAGAGAGAAUAGACAGAGAGGAUCUUUGCGGGCAGGUCUCGCCCUGCUCUUUGCAUUUCCAGAUCAUUCUAGACAACCCUAUGGAACUGCAUCGUGUAGACGUAGAGAUAUUAGACAUUAACGAUAACUCUCCUAGUUUUCCCAAGAAAGAAAUUAAUUUUCAGAUUACUGAACUGGCAGUCACCGGUGCCAAGUAUUCUCUUCUGAAUGCGCACGAUCCAGACGUAGGUAUAAACACACUUCAGUCGUACACGCUUCAUCCCUCUGAUCACUUUGCGCUGAAAACAACAUCCCGACAUGAUGAUAGUAAAUAUGUUGAAAUGAUUUUAAAAACGCCCCUCGACCGAGAAAAACAACACGAACACAAAUUGGUUUUAACCGCAUUUGAUGGCGGUAGCCCACAGAAAUCAGGCACAGUCAAAAUUAGUGUUAUUGUUUUGGAUGCAAAUGACAACGCGCCCAAAUUCAGUGAAUCUGUUUACAGAGUAUCUCUGUCAGAGAACGCAGUGCAGGGCACUGUUGUGGCUACAGUAAGUGCUACUGACAUUGAUCAAGGCUCAAAUGGAGAGAUAUCUUAUUCUUUUUCACAACAUGCUGGCAAAGCCUUAUCCCUCUUCAAAAUAGAUCCAGCAUCUGGUGCCAUUUCAGUCAACGAUGUACUAGAUUUCGAAAAACAAAAGCAGUAUGAAAUCACAGUUGAAGCCACAGAUUCAGGGGGGUUGGUAGAUGCCAGUAAAGUUUUAAUAGAAAUGAUUGAUGUCAACGAUAACGCCCCUGUCAUAAGUAUGAUGUCAUUCUCUAGUCCCAUUUCCGAAGACGCAUCUCCAGAGACCGUUAUAGCCAUGUUCAAUGUAAAAGAUUUAGAUUCUGGAAAGAAUGGGCAAGUAAAAUGCACCAUUAACUCAGAUUCACCAUUCCGCAUUCAGUCGCCCUCCCCUAAUUUUUACAACCUGGUCACUGAUGGCGUCUUAGAUCGUGAGAUGGUGUCUCAAUAUAACAUAACCAUCACCGCUAAAGAUGAAGGGUCACCUUCAUUUUCUACCAACAAAACAGUGACAGUAAAGAUAUCAGACGUGAAUGACAACGCCCCUUAUUUCCACCAGCAGUCGUAUGUGGCAUACAUCACAGAAAAUAACUCACCGGGUGUGUCCAUAUUUUCAGUUACAGCCAGUGACAAAGACUAUGGCAACAAUGCACGUAUAUCCUAUUUUCUUGAUGGCACAUCUGUGAGUGGAAUGUCGUCUGCUGAGUAUGUUUCUGUUAACGCAGAGAGCGGCGCAAUAAUGGCGCUUCGUUCUUUUGAUUAUGAGCAAAUAAAGGAAUUCCACGUGAGCGUCAGAGCGCAGGACGGAGGCUCUCCUCCACUGAGCAGUAAUGUGACCGUGAGAAUAGUUAUUCAGGAUCAGAACGAUAACGCACCUCAGAUCUUAUAUCCAGUGCAAAGUAGCAGUAGCAGUAUGGUAGCUGAGAUGGUGCCUCGUUCAGCAGACAUAGGUUAUCUUGUCACCAAAGUGGUGGCCGUGGAUGUGGACUCUGGCCAGAAUGCCUGGCUGACAUACAAACUGUUGAAGGCAGGAGACAGAGCUUUGUUUGAAGUCGGUGCGCAAAAUGGAGAGAUAAGGACUGUGCGUCAAGCCAACGACAAAGAUGCUGUGAAACAAAAGCUCACUGUAGUAGUGGAGGACAACGGACAGCCCUCUCGCUCUGCUACUGUCAACGUGAACGUGGCUGUGGCAGACAGCUUCCCUGAUGUGCUCUCUGAAUUCUCGGACAUGUCACAUGACAAGGAGUACAAUGACAACUUGACUUUUUACCUAGUCUUGGCUCUGGCUGUAGUGUCGUUUCUGUUCAUCGUGUCCAUCAUCGCCAUACUGUCAGUGAAGUGCUACAGAUGGAGACGAGAGCGGAUGUUUUAUAAAUCCAAUGGCAACCUGCCGGUGAUACCUUACUACCCACCUCUUUACGCAGACGUUGGGGGCACGGGGACUUUAAAGCAGAUCUAUAAUUACGAUAUGUGCGGAACGGCUGAUUCACGAAAGAGUGAUCUGAAGUACAUGCGCCCUUGCAGUCAGAGCAAUCUGAGUCUGGACACCAGUGGCGCACAGACCCUUUUACGCAUGCCAAACAGCAUGCGCAUAGAUGGAGAUGCUGAGACACAGGUGAGGAUCGGGUCAUGUACACUUAAGUAAAUAGCAUAACUAAUUUCCCUUCUCCGAUGUGGCAUAUCUUGUGCUUCAAUUAAAUUGUUGUAUUUUUAUCCAAAACCGUGAAAUUACUGUACAUAACAAAAAUGUAUAGUUUGGUG